CUCAGUAUCCUGUGCCCUUUGAUCGCAGCCAUGGCUUCUCCUUCCACCUUCUUUCUCUUCCUUCUCUUCAUCCUCCUCACUUUUCACGCUAACGCAGAAAGCAUAAUUCUCGAAGAGGGUUUCACGGUCACCACCGUCCUCGACGGCCACAAGAUCAACGUCAACCCUCACUCCAUCCUCCAGCGAUCCGGUUCCUCCGAUCUCAUCCUCCUUGAUUCUACAAACAGCGUUUUCUACACCCUUCAAUUCCCCAUUUCCAGUGAUAGUAUUGUGAGGAGGCUUUCAGGAGAUGGGUCUGCGGGGUAUAAAGAUGGGGAUGUGAUUUCAGCUGAGUUUAACAAACCCAAAAGCUUUGCUGUUGAUCUUAAAGGAAAUGUGUACGUUGCUGACAAGAACAACAAGGCCAUUAGGAAAAUCUCUAGCAAUGGUGUGACUACAAUUGUUGGAGAUUUCUCAGAAAAGUCAAGCAGAAAAAAUGGACUUUCACAAAAUGUAUCACUUUCAAAUGAUUUUGAGCUAGCGUUUAUUCCUGGCCUGUGUGCUUUACUGGUCUCAGAUCAUAUGCAUCAAUUGAUCCAUCAGAUUAAUUUGAAGGAGGAGGAUUGUACCUUUGGAUCUAACUCUGGGCUAGGUGCAGCUAUGAUUUGGACUUUAGGAUUAGGACUAUCAUGUUUACUAGGCUUGGUGAUUGGGAUCGCAGUUGGCAGGUAUCUCAUCCCUAAUGAAGGUUUGAACCCUUGCCAUUUUGCCACGACAUGGAAGCAUUGCCUAACACCUCUGGGGAAUCUAGUUCAGAUACUCUACUCCGGCAACAAAAGCGCAGCUGCUAGCAAUAUCUGCUCGUUCCUGAUCCAACUGGGGAAAUUUAUUGUCUCUUAUCUUCUUCUGUUUAGAUUCAUCUUAGCUUCUCGAAGGCCAUGUCUAGAAUCUGUGUCAUUGAUGGAUUUAGAUGCAUGCAACAGUGGUGAGGUAACAAAGUCAAGUAAGUAUCAUGAUCAGUUGAAAGAAUUGAUAAGCUUUGAUGAAGAACUUAUUGGCUCAACCAGCAAAAGAACCUUCAAUAAUACUAGGGGAAAGAGUGUUGGGAUUCUUGAGUACCAUGGAGAUGAUGAUGUCAUAAUACAGGCUAACAUGGUUCCUACAGGUAGCAUUCUUCAUCAAGGUGGUGUUCUUAAGCGUAGACAUGGUGGUUUGUAAGAGAAUACUUUGUUGUAUGUACUUUGUUAUCAAUGUUCUGUAAACUAGUGUGCAUAUAUUUUGAUCAACAUCAUUUUUUUU